AUGGUUCAUGCUAGAUGGCCAGUUGAGCUUGCGGUGGAUCCCGAGACCUUGGAGCACCCGUUGAAAUUCAAAACUGCCCUGGCGAAAGCCAAAAAUCGAUUUUUAAAGGUAAACCAACAGAAAAUUUAUAUAAAAUCUUGUUAUUCAUUUUCUAAAAUCAACAUUUAGUCAGCUAUGAGCGAAAACAUUGCAACGGUUGAUCCACGUCGCCUCGAAUUCCACGGAGUCCCAACACAACGUCUAAUUAACCUGUAUGAGAAGUUUGGGGCCGGUGGAUGGGGAGUUGUGGUCACCGGCAGUAUCAGCGUCGACCACAAGCACUACGAAGGGCCCGGAGCUAUGAUUAUCAGCAAGGAAUGCGAGUCCAACGCCCGUCGGGCUCAAUUCAAACGACUUACGGACAACGCAAAGGCUCAUAAGAGCUUGAUACUCGCGCAGUUGAAUCAUGUGCGUAUAUUUAUUUAUUUUUUAAUUGAUUUUCAUAUACUUUUAAUCAUUUUCAAUCCGUUUGCCCAAAAAAUCGUCAAAUUUUUAAGCUAAAAAUUUGCAGAAUGGCCGUCAAACACUCGGCAUUAUCAAUCCAACUCCGUAUUCCGCAUCCGACGUCCAGCUGGGAAUUGAAAUGAAAGGCUCGAAGUAUGGAAAGCCAAUUCCAUUGACCAUUGAGCAAGUCAAGACCGAAGCUGUUGAUCGUUUCGUCUACGCGGCACUCUUUGCUUAUGAGACCGGUAUGUCAAGCUGAGGUGUCCUGUGACCGGAAUAGACCCUUAGCUAUCGGUUUUUUACACUUUGUCUUGAUUGCACAGAGAAGACAGAGAGAAGACACGCAAAAACGUACUCUCUCGCCUCAAAAAUUCCCCAUUUCUUCUCCGACAAAAACAUUUUUUGCGGUUUUUUUGCUACCCUUUUUAAAAAACCUGCACUUGAAAAAUUUCCAAAAAAUUUUUAGGCUUCAACGGUGUCCAAAUCAACGCGGCAUUUGGCUAUCUGCUGUCCCAAUUUCUGUCUCCAACAACCAACCUUAGGAACGAUGAGUAUGGCGGAUCUUGGAGGAACAGAGUCCGAGUUAUCGAUGAGAUCUACCAUGGAAUAAGGUGGGAUAUCACUGUAGUUUCAGUUCUUAAUGACGGUUGUUUUUUGUGGCAGAAGUUUAGUAUUAUAUAACAGCCUUUCGGGAAAAUAAUGAGCACUUUGUCGAUGCCCCCAUCUGAAGUGAAAAGCAAUUUGAUUUUACUGCGGCACAGUUCACUUGACGAUGCGAUUUUCAAUGCGACAGAGUGCUCAUUAUUUUCCCGACAGACUGGUAUCUUUGCUCUAUGACAGCCAUAAGACAAUGCCUCGUUUAAGCUUCUUUAUAUUCAUUUUUAUUCGUUUCGAAAGCACCCAAAAACCUGCCCAAAGCAGAUCCUUCCAGUAUAAUCAUCCUCGAGGAAUUGCCCCUUUUUCUGCGGAUAGCAAAAGGGUCGUCCCCACCAAACUCUUCCAAUAACCACUAUAAACAGGAUCAUAAAGGUUGAGCUAAGCAGCAGACAGAACCCAAUCACCUCUUGAUCCACCACUGUCAUCCGAUACAAAUACGUCGGGUAUUGGAAAUAGUUAUAGUAGUUGGCGUCGGCAAGCAGCAAAAUGGCGAAAACAACGUAGAAUAUGAUGACAAUGAACUGAAAAUUGGGACGAUUGAUUAUAAGUUACGUAGUUGAAGUCUAUCGCCAGCGGAUAAGACUCACAUCCAGAAUAAAAAAUGCGUAUAACCAUGAGGCAGUUCGAUUGAAUACUCCCAUAUGAGCAAAAAGAAAAGCGGCGAGACUGGCGACGUUGAAGAGAUUAUACCAUCCCCAGCCAUUUGAGAAUAGAAUUACUAUAAAUACAAUUCUAAAAAAUGUGUUGGGAAACUUCCCAACUUACUGAAAAAUCACGACUAGCCAUCGAAGAAUGUAGCUGAAUAUAUGAAACAGUCGGAGAAGUAGCUUUUGAACGCUUUCGCCGGUCACAGAAACUUCUGUCGACUGUAAUAGGUACAUAGCAAUUUUGACAGUGAAAUAUAGGAUAUAUAUCCAUCAUAUUUGCGUCUGGCUUACCUCACUAACAAUCGGUGGCGGAUCGGUGGUGUAGCUGUACAAAGACGGCGUUUGAUUAAUGUAAUACACCGCGCUGUUAGUCUGCCCACUAUUCACCGACGUAUCCAAAUACCUCGGCGAGCUACUGUCAUAAUAAUAGGGGGUCUGCGUAGCGGCCGUCGUAGUAAUGGGACGAGAAGGCAAUUCAUCCGCAUUCAAGUCAAUACUAGAGUAGGCCCGCUGCAGCGGUACGGGUGUGGCUCGCUUCAUGCUGUCUAAUCAAAUCGCGAAUUUAAUCGAAAAGCAUGACGACAGGACGACCCUCAGUUCAUGACAAAAUCCCCAUCCCCUCUCCUGGAAAAUGUGAAUCACUCGGCGCGCUGGAAGAUAUUAUUUCUUCUUGUUUGCAUUUUUAUGACCGUCUUCAUCAUAACCGAGCAAUAAAAUCCACCGCGAAUAAAACCCCAUUAGAAACGAGAAGAACAUUUUUCUGGAUUCUGAGGAGUUUUAAUCCCAAUGACAUAUUCAUAUUUACGUGUAUUUUUACAGGUCCCAAAUUCCUGCGGGCUCGGGAUUCGUGUUGAGCAUCAAAAUCAACUCGGCUGAAUUCCAGGAAGGUGGGCUGGACCAAAAUGACGUCAUCAACAUGGCCAAGCACUUUGAUGUAAGUCCACAAUUAAGGGCACAUUUUACCGUUGUUAUCAGCUUGUCGGGAAAAUAAUGCGCAUUUUGUCGCUAUGCCAAUCGAGUCGCUAAAGUGAAAAGAAAUUUCAUUUUGCAACGACUCAAUUCAUUUUCUCGGAGGCGAAGCAAUUUUUAAUGCGUCAGGGCGCUCAUUAUUUUCCCGACAGACUGAUAACUCAUCUUAUACAUAUCGUUAUAACAUUAACUUUGCAGGAGCUCGGCUUUGACUUCAUCGAACUCACCGGCGGAAACUUGGAAGCCGCCCGAAUGGGCCACGUAAAAGAAUCGACAAAGAAGCGUGAAGCUUACUUUAUCGAAUUCGCCGGUGCCAUUAAGCCUAACAUUCAGAACGCCGCGAUCUACCUGACCGGUGGUUUCCGGACCGCUCCAGCAAUGGUGGCAGCAAUUCGAAACAACGAAACCGACGGAAUUGGGCUGGCCAGACCUGCUGCAGCUGAGCCGGGUAAGAAAACAGAGCCUAAAAGAUGGCCUAUAAUAGUUAUACUGAAGACAAGCUUACCGUUCACUUUUCAGACCUUCCAAAGAAAAUUAUCAACCAUGGUGUUCAAUCGUGCGCCGCAACAAUUUUCGCAGACGACUUUAUGAUUUCAAUGCCGGCGGCGAACACACAACUUGCGCAGGCUGGAAGCUCGGAUGUCAGCGAAUGCCACGGCGACCUGUGCCAUGGAAUCAGCGACUUCUCCAACCCCGACGAAGCCGAAACCUACAAGAAUGCAAUGUUCAAGUGGUUCGGGGAGCUGUGCGAGGCCGGCAGUAAGGGUCGCGCAGAGAUUGGGGUUUUUGAGUACCAUACUCGGUCGAAGAACGCGCCGCACGAACACAAGGGCUUCAUUCGUCGUCUACUGGAGAGCAUCUAA